ACAAAGCGAGUGGCGAGCGACCGAAACGUGGUGAGGCGUCUGUUUCUGAAUUGCACGCGUCGCUUCGCAUUGCACGGCACCGCACCAAACUGCACGGUAGACACACGACGCGCGCACCGGUAGCCGCCUAGCCGCCUUUGUCUCUACAUCACAUUGAGCUAAUCGAAAGUAAUAAAAUAACACAGCACACCAUGUCAGACGAUAAUUCCACAGCAGUUGAGGACCAGAAGAAGAAGAGAGGUCGACCAUCAAAAGGAGAAAAGAGCGUGUCGAAAGAACCAAAAAAGAGGGGCCGACCUGCAGCCGAAAAAAAUAACACAGUCCGUUCAAAAUCCGAUAACGAAGAUGAUGCUCCAUCAGCUCCUGCAAAGAGAGGUCGAGGCAGACCAAAGGGUUCCCACAAGAAGAAGCAAGGAUCUGCGAAAGGAGCAGCUCCAUCUUCGGGACGUGGUCGCGGCAGGGCAAAGAAAGUAGAGGAGAAACCUGAGAGUACCGGAGAGGAAGAAGAUGAACAGGAGGAGGAGGAGGAAGAAGAAGAAAACUGAACACAACAUCUAAAAGUUUUCUUAAGACUCAUGAACUUUUGAAGUCCUUUUAAGACUUUUUAGGUUUUUAUAUAUGGUAGAAGAUAAUUUUUGUCAAUAAUUUUACAACCUGUCAUUUAUUUUAUUUUUUUAUAACAGUGUAUUACUUAGUGUUUUAGAUAUUUUGGUGAAGACAUUGAAAUGAAAUUUAACGAGAAAUACAGUAACUACUUUCGGUUACAAUUUUAAAAAAUUGAUGUGCUGAAACAUGUAUUAUCACAAUAAUAAUUUCUAAAUUUUUAAUGCCAUACUUGAAGCGCUAGUUAAUCAUAAUCGGUAAAAAGUGCCAGGGGUUCGAGUUACAGAAUUAAUUAACAUUGUGAUGGACAUACAACAGAAAACUUCACGUAUGUUACGUAAGAGUGUGAAAGAUUCUUUUUUUUUUGUAAUAAAAUAUGAGCAAGUGAGUAAUUGACGUCCUGUUUCUAAUCAAGUAAACACUGUGAGUGAAUGUCAAAUUUGUAUUAAAGUAAAUAAAUUCGCAAAAUACUCUUAA